AUGGCGGCUACUUCUUCUUCUUCUUGUGUCUUCACCUUCACUAUCCUGAUCAUCACCUCUCUUCUCCUCCCUAUAAUCUCUUCCAUUUCCCUUCCAAUCUCACAACAACCUCAAGAUUCUAUCCCUAAAUCUGAUUUAGAUCUUCUUGAGUUUCCUCUAAAUUUAGAGUACUUAGAAGCUGAAUUCUUCCUGUGGGGAGCCUUGGGAUAUGGGUUAGAUAAAAUAGCUCCUAACUUAACCAUGGGAGGCCCACCACCAAUCGGCACAAAGAAGGCAAAUCUUAGCCCUUUCGUUAGGGAUAUCAUCACCCAAUUUGCAUUCCAAGAGGUUGGACAUUUAAGGGCCAUUAAGAAAACAGUUCCAGGAUUCCCAAGGCCACUCUUGGACUUGAGUGUGACAUCCUUUGCUAAGAUCAUGGAUAAGGCUAUUGGACAUAGUUUGCAACCACCAUUUGAUCCUUACGCCAAUGGACUCAACUUCCUAAUUGCUUCAUACCUUGUUCCUUAUGUUGGACUCACUGGAUAUGUAGGAGCUAACCCUAAUCUCAUUGCGCAGCCUUCUAAAGGGCUUGUUGCUGGCCUUCUUGGUGUGGAAUCAGCCCAAGAUGCCGUAAUUCGAACUUUGCUUUACGAACAUGCUACUGAGAUUGUGGAACCGUAUAAAAUCACAGUUGCAGAGUUCACCAGAAAGAUUUCGGAACUAAGGAACCAGUUAGGGCAUGCAGGCAUAAAAGAUGAAGGGAUAGUUGUUCCUACCAAGUUGGGUGCAGAGGGAAAAAUUUCUGGCAAUGCAAUUGCUGGCAAUGAGUAUUCUAUUGCAUAUGGAAGGACUCCUGAAGAAAUAUUGAGGAUUGUAUAUGGAAGUGGAGAUGAGCACGUACCUGGUGGUUUCUAUCCUAAAGGGGGUGAUGGUAGCAUUGCUAACUCUUAUCUUCACAAUCCUUAAGUGGCUCAGAAGUAAGUGGCUCAGAAGUAAGGAUUGGAGGAAAA